GCGAAAGCGCUUAGUUCAAUUUUUCUACUUUCCCCCGGCGGCUCGGAACCGGUGAAUCCUCGUGACGACAUCAGGUUGUCGGUUUUCACAUUUUAGCAGGCCAUGGAUUAGUGUGAACCGUACUGUUCUUAACUUGAAGCAAAUGGAUAAGCUUUGGUUUCGUUUACAACUGCUGCUACAGUACUGUUCGGAAUUGAUUGAUGUAGCGUAAAAUGUAACUUCUGGUAGUGGAUAGAACGGAAGUGUUUAGUGUUACAAAUAAAAAUUUGAUGAGUGAAGAAACUACUACUACUACUAGUUAGUGAAAUACAUUGCAACGAUCGUUUCAUUGAGCACUCAGUUAUACAGUUCCAAUUUGUCAUGCUAUUAGACUAUGUUCCAAUUCUGUUGACCACCAUACUAACAGCAUGUAUCACAAGCACCGCCGGAGAAGGCUACCAAACCAGCCUAACCUUCAACGAUAUCCUUCCGGAAGAUCCAAAACUCUACGACAAGAUGCGUCCGCCGAAGAAAGACGGCCAACCGACCACGGUGUUCUUCCACGUGACCGUCAUGGGACUCGAUUCGAUUGAUGAAACGUCCAUGACCUACGCGGCGGAUAUCUUCUUCGCCCAGACCUGGAAGGACCACCGGUUGCGACUACCGGAGAACAUGACGUCCGAGUAUCGGUUGCUGGAGGUCGAAUGGCUGAAGAACAUGUGGCGACCGGAUUCGUUCUUCAAGAAUGCCAAGUCUGUUACGUUCCAAACAAUGACCAUACCCAAUCACUACAUGUGGCUGUACAAGGACAAAACGAUUCUGUACAUGGUCAAGCUGACGCUGAGGUUGUCCUGUGCGAUGAACUUUCUCAUUUAUCCGCACGAUACGCAGGAAUGUAAAUUGCAGAUGGAAAGUUUAUCUCACACAACGGACGAUCUGAUUUUCCAAUGGGACCUCGACGUGCCACUGGUUGUGGAUGAAAACAUUGAACUGCCUCAACUGGCACUGGUGAAAAACAACACCGCCGAUUGUACGCAGGUAUAUUCGACGGGAAAUUUCACCUGCCUCGAGGUGAUAUUCGUCCUCAAAAGACGCCUUGGAUAUUAUCUUUUCCACACCUACAUACCAACUUGUCUGAUUGUCAUCAUGUCGUGGGUCUCAUUUUGGAUCAAACCGGAAGCGGCACCGGCUCGAGUUACCCUGGGAGUUACCUCACUGCUGACGCUUUCCACGCAACAUGCCAAAUCUCAAGCAUCGCUACCACCCGUUUCCUAUCUGAAGGCUGUAGAUGCGUUCAUGUCCGUUUGCACGAUUUUCGUGUUCAUGGCCCUGAUGGAGUACUGUCUGGUCAACAUUGUUCUCGGUGACAAUGACCCCCCGAGCCCAAAGCCACCUCCGCCACCGCCACCCAAAGUGGAUCGAUUUUUCGAUUUUCCCGGUAAAAAUGGCAAACGUGGCAGUAAAACGAUGGAUCACCAUGAACCUACGAUCAAUACUUUUCAGCGACAGGAAAGUACCAUGCUGCUCUCUCCCGUUCCGCAUAUCCAAACGAUUCCGCCACCUCCGAGUAAGCCGGCAUCGGCCGUUCCCAAGUUGACACCUGCUCAAAUUCGCCUGAAACGAGCGAUCAACAUCGAUCGAUGCUCCCGAGUCUUCUUUCCACUGCUGUUUACAGUGCUCAAUGCCGCCUAUUGGAUAAUGUUCUACGAGUACAUUUAAGUGAAGUUUGCGAAAGCAUUUUAAAGUUCUUCAAUUAGCAACAGAAAUGCUUAGAAAAUGUCACUCAAACUAGCAGACCAGAUUGUAGUGAGCGUCAAUUUUUUCGUAGAGUGAAGUAAACUAAUAUAGUCUUAAGGGCUACCUAUGGAUAGAAUAAAACUAAAAAUAGAAGAAGAGUACAUUUUAACGAACACAGCUGUAAAUUACUGAAACACCACGCGCCUCCAUGUAACGAUUUCAAACUGAUAGUCAAACGGCUUGAGUCGAUGCCAUUGGAAACCGGAAACCGAUCAAUUCCAUGCUAUUUGUACGAUGAUCAGGUGUCGUGUUGAGAGCCGAAACUUGAAAUUGUCGGUUUGAAUACUGAAUGUUCUCUGGAUAACCAAGAUCAAACUAGCCGGCAGUAGAUGUUAAAAGAGCAAUGUAUAGAGGGAUCUUCUCAUAUUGAACUACCGUUACUUGUUAAACUAGAAUGUAAAACCAGGCUAAAACAUGUCAUUUACUGUUUUGUAUAUACAUAGUCGAUGAAUGAAUAAAACGAACACUUAUGGUUA